AUGACAUGGCAAUUCAGUCAUAUGCAUAGAAAUAUAUCGGAUGGCAAGGUAUGUCAACGUACGCGUGGGCCAAAUGGGUUCAGGAGUGAAGUGGGUUGGUCCCGCGCUGAGAAUACCACCUAUGACAAACACCAAAUGUCAAUAUUCUCUGGGGACUCUGGUGUAAGAAUCGAUAUGAGUAAUGAACCAGAUGACGUAAUGCAGCGAGACGGUCCAUCCGUAUCCAUACGUAUGGAACGUUUGGGAGGUUUCCUUGGGCCCUUGGAACGGGAAUGCAUAAUCAAUGUCGAAUUAGAAAUCAAUGUUUCGAUCUUGAUGAUCAUGAAGGAUCAUCAAGGCGCAAAUUGUAUUGAACGUUUGCGAGGAAAGUAA